AUUCAUGCUUUAAAUGCUGACAGAGAUGAAUUGGUUCAAGAAAAUACAUGUUUAAGAAAUAGAAAUCAAGAAUUUGAAACAGAUAAUAAUCAGAUUCGUGCAACAAAUGAAAAUUUAACGCGAUUAAAUGACGCGUUAAAAAUUGUUUUGAGAGAUGCUGAAGAUGAAAGAGACCAUUAUAGAGCUGCUAAUAUCAAAGAAUUUGAAGAUUUUAUUUCGAAUUAUAUUUUUGGGUUGUUCGAUAAUAUUGGAACAUUGUUUCGAUUUAAUAAUCAAUACACAACAACUAUU